AUGGGUGUGAGAUGGGGCCGCAUGCUGUGGAGCCACCGUUCUGUGCUGCUCUUCAUCCUGGGCCCUCUGCUGCUGCUUCCUCUUCCUCUGCUGCUGCCCACCAAGGAGGCAGAAUGCGCCUUUGUCCUGAUCCUCAUGGCGUCCUUCUGGGCCCUUGAGCCGCUGCCCCUGGGGAUCACCGCCAUGCUGCCCGCAAUUCUCUUCCCCUUCUUUGGGAUCAUGUCGUCAGCUGACGUGGCUAAGGAGUACUUUAAGGACUUCCACUUCCUGCUGGUGGGGGUCAUCUGCCUGGCCACCUCCAUAGAGAAGUGGGGGCUCCAUCGGAGGAUCGCCCUGAAGCUCAUCACCCUGGUGGGGGUCAACCCUGCAUGGCUGAUGCUUGGCUUUAUGUGCGGCUGUGCAUUCCUCUCCAUGUGGGUCAACAACACCUCGGCCGUCACCAUGGUGAUGCCAAUCGUGGACGCGGUCAUCACUCAGGUGCUGAAGCCCGGGGACAAAGAGGGGGCAGAGCCAACCGGCAUUCACAACCCUGCCCUGGAGAUGGAUGAGAUGGACCAGAAGGAGCAGGAGGACCGCCGGGCUUGGGACCAGAAGGAGCAGGAGGACCUCCGUGCUGGAGGGUGUGAUCCGGGUGUGAUACAGGUGGCUGACCCCUCCAGCCGACGGCAGCUGGACGUGUGCAGGGCACUGUGUCUCGGCAUCGCCUACUCCUCCAACAUCGGAGGCAUCACCACGCUCCCCGGCACCUCCCCCAACCUCAUCUUCUCCCAAUACAUCAGCGAGACAUACCCAGAAUCCAAAGAGAUAAACUUCGGCAACUGGCUCCUCCUCUGUCUGCCGAUCAGCGUCAUCAUGCUGCUGCUGUGCUGGCUGUGGCUGCACUGGCUUUUCAUUGGUUCAGAUUUCCGAUUCCUGUGGCGAUGUGACGGAGAGAAGAAGGAGAGCGACAGGAGGUCAGCCAGAAUCAUCAGGGACGAGUACAACGCACUCGGACCCAUGAGUCCCCAGGAGGUGGUGACUAUGGUUCUGUUUGUGGUUCUUGCUCUGCUGUGGCUCACCAGGGAACCCGGCUUCGUACCGGGCUGGGCCUCGCUCGUCCCCGAGAUCUACUCUGGUUACACAUCUGAUGCGACCGUGGCGAUGCUGGUGGGACUCCUCCUCUUCAUCAUCCCCGCCAACGCCCCCACACAAACAUACAAGCCUAUGAUCUCGUGGGAGGAGUUCCAGCGCUGUAUGCCCUGGGAGGUUCUGCUGCUGGUGGGAGGGGGCUUCGCUCUGGCAGAGGGAACGCGGGUCGCUGGUCUCUCCGCCUGGAUGUCCCAGCUCCUCGUCCCUCUGGGAGACCUCCCUGUCCUCGCCACCAUCCUCAUCGCCUGCAUCAUCGUUACCACGGCGGAGGUGGACAGCACGCUGCCACCAUCCGCAGCUUAAUCCCCACUCCUCUCUUCUCUGUCUGAGGCUCUCCACCUCAACCCUCUCUACAUGCUGAUCCCGACCACUCUCUGUACCUCCUUCUCCUUCCUCCUCCCCGUCUCCAACCCCGCCAACGCUGUGGUCUUCGCCUACGGCCACCUGAGGACCUCGGACAUGGUGAAGGCGGGGCUUGGUCUGAACAUCAUCGGUCUCCUGGCCGUGCUAUUGGCUGUCACCACGUGGGCGGUUCCCCUGUUCGACCUCCACACCUUCCCUAGCUGGGUCACCCUCCCGCUAGUGUGGACCACCAACGCCACCAGUCCCUGA